UAUGCUUACAAGGAAAAGUGAGAGAGAACGGAGGUACGUAUAUAAGGCUCGGAAGACCUGAACCAAUAACACUCGCCACUAUGAAGCUCCCGGUACUGGUUUGUUUGCUGGCAGUUGCCGCUGACGCCGCCCCUCAGGGUUACAAUUUACCCGUACCCUCUGGUCCAGCAUUUUCUGAUGGCUUGGGUAUUGUGGGCGGCUCUGGGUUCUCAGGUGAUGUGGGAUUCUCCUCUGGCGGCUCAGGAUAUGGCGGAGGUAGCUGUGGUCCCGGACAAAUUCGUAAUGUUGACGGAAGUUGUGUGACUCCCCAGGUCACCCGCAACUUGUAUUUGUUCAACGCUCCUCCAGCACCCCCGAUUGUUGGUCCUCCACCUUAUGUUCCCCCACCAAGAGUCGAACAUAAUAUUUUGUUCAUUCGUACCCCAGAUGUCGGCCCAGGCCCGGAGCCUAUUGUCGUGCCACCACCUCAACAGAAAAAUAUUUUAUACGUCCUCAGCAAGCGUCCUCAGUACGACCAGAAGGUCAUCCACGUACCAGCACCAGAGCAAGGAAGUCCCCAAGUGUACUAUGUCAACUAUUCUCCAGGUGACAACCCGACCCUGCCUACUGGUGGUGACCUUCAGUCUGCCCUGAGCUCCGCUGCCCCAGGUGGCGGUGAAGUGAUUAGUAACACAGGUGGCAGCUUUGUUGGCGGCGGAGGUGGCAGUUAUGGUAGCGGAGGUGACUUUGCGAGCGGCAGCGGCAGUUUUGUUGGCGGUGGAGGUGGCAGUUAUGGUAGCGGAGGUGGCUUUGCGAGCGGCAGCGGCAGCUUUGGUGGUGCUUCCCCCAUAUCCCAGCCAUCCUCAUUAUAUUCACUGCCAUAAUAUCACAGUCCUUUAUUAAAGACUAAAACAUCAUUUAGUGAAGUAGCAAUGUUACUUUUAAUUAAAGUGUUACGUAUGUUGUAUCAUAUUCAUUUAUAAGACUUCGGCACUUCAUGAACAAUCACAUAUAUUAAUCACCCAUUAAAUAAAUUCA